AUGGCCGAUUCUGUGCACGAGAUCGACAAAGACAAGAUUGAAAACUACAAAGACGACAUUGACACCCUCCUAGUAUUCGCUGGUCUGUACUCGGCCGUCCUUUCGGCAUUCGUCGUCGAGUCGUACACAGACCUUCAGCCAGACCCGAACACCCAAAUAACUUUCCUACUCGAGCGCAUCGCUAAUCAAACCCAGAGCUACACUAUCACGUCCGGGACCCUUAACUCCACCGCCGAACCACCACCUGUCUUUCCCCGGUUCUCCGCUCCACUAUGGGCUGUCCGCGUGAACGGCCUGUGGUUCGCGAGUCUCAUCGUCAGCCUCGCCACUGCAUCGUUCAGCAUGCUGGUCAAGCAGUGGUUGCGCGAGUAUCUCGCGGUCGAGUACACUGCUCCGCAGGAGCGUCUUCGUGCACGGCAGUACCGCAAGCCGGGAGUCGAGAAGUGGAAGGUUCUCGAGAUUGCGGCCAUGUUGCCGAUGCUUCUCCAGCUGUCUCUCGGUCUGUUCUUCAUCGGUCUCUGCAUUUUCACUACGAAUAUCGACGAGCGCAUGGGUCUGACCAGCGUCCCACUCAUCUGCGGCUGGGCGUUUUUGUUCAUUGCAACCACGCUCGCACCGCUUGUCUCGCCACGAUGCCCGUACAAGAUGCCAUUGUUCAAGUCUGUCAUGCGGGCCACAAGGAUGCGGAUCACGAUGAAGAUGCGCCGGUCAUUGGCUUCGAUCCUUGCAAGGGUGGUCACCGCGAUUCGACCCUCACUCCAGGAGCCGGAAGUCUUUGAGUAUAGCGGCCAGGAGGUGAAACAGAAGCAGACAGACAUUGGGGAAGACGAAGAAGAGGAUCAAGUUGUAACCCGUGACCAGGACGACAAAGAUAUCUUGCUAUCCAUGGACGCUAUCAUGGCAGACGAUAAUCUGCUUCCGGCAGUUUGGGACAUAUUCAAGCAACGCUCAUACAGUCCUGCGCAGUCGCUCCCUUUCGUAGCUGAACUCCUCUUGAACCGUGUGGGAGCCGAGGCGAAUUAUCUCCGUUCGAUCAGGCCACGCUGCGUUCCGGACCUCACACCGCUGUCCCGACGAGCGUGGAUCGCCUUCACAGAGAUGCUUGCCGAUUUAGCAGGCCGGCGGGGGUCUAAUGGACCUUUAAAUCCGACCAGCCCUGACUGGCUGUACAAAGCAGUACUACUCCUUCUCUCCACCUCCCGCUACCCGCACCAUAGCUCUGCAUUGGCAUGCCUUCGUAACCUCCUCGGCGAUGCAUCCGGAUCAUUUGCAGGAGUGAAAAUGUUCGCUCAAUGGAUAACACCGCGCUACCGCGAGCAAGAAUUCGACCUUCGCCCAUUAUUCGAUCGGCUGCAUCUAGCUUCCGAACAGGAUGCCACCCAAGACAACAAGGAGAUCUUACUGUCCAUAGCUUUAAUCUUGGCGAAUAACAACCUCCUUCCGACAGUGCUGAGAAUGUUAAGGCAGGCCACGCACGUCCCCACCCGAUCUCUCUCUGUUAUCACUCAUCUUAUCGUUGGUCAUCUUGGUACCGACGCUGAGCACCUCCUUCCUACCAGGCUGCGCGCUGUCCCGGAUCUCACAUCGAUGCCCAGCCAGGCAUGGGACACGCUGAUGGAGAUGCUCGCGAACUUGGCAGACCGCCGCGAAGACGAUGGCCCCUUGCUCGUCUCGAGUCCCGACUGGCUGCACAAGACAGCAUUGCUCCUUCUCUCCACCUCUCCGCAUCCACUUCCCAAGUCUGCGGUGGCCUGUCUUCGUGGCCUUCUUGCUGAUGAAGAGGGAUUCACUGCGGCGCACUCGAUCGCAACAUGGAUAAUCCCAGGCGUCGAUGAGAAACCGUUCGUCUUCAGCCCGCUCUUCGAUCGUCUACAUCCUGUCUACGAAGCCAGCGGUCAAGACAGUGGCUGUCUAUACGCGAUACUUUUCAUGUAUGCGGAACUUCUUCGCCCAUACCGCUCAGGCUCCUUCGGGGAGCAGCCGCAAUCGCUGUAUACGGUAUUGUCUCAGGAACCGGAACUUUUCGAAAAACAGUCGGCACGCCCAAUAUUAGACGACAUCUGGAAUCUUAUCCACCUGGUGUCACCAUUUGAUAGCAAUGAUGACAGCCCACAUACCCUCGAAGGCCAAGAUGAAUCUUCGCAUAUUCUCUGGGAAUUCUCGGACCGCAUGGGCAGGAGAGGCGAUGCGACUGCAAGCCUUGCCGCCUUCUGGGGAAGGCUCGAGUCCGCUUACUUCGCAUUAUCUCAAACAUUUCCGUCGCUACAUCACUUUACACAUGCACCGCGUGCAUACAUGCUGCAAUUGUGCAUGGAUGCUUUUUCCGGUAGCCAAGAGCAAGAAAAGAUGUUGGAUAAUUCCACAAGUACUGCGCAGCUUUAUGCGGGCGAUGCGUUCGAUGACACAGAAAGGUUCUACACAACGAGUAUGGUUCGCUUCUGUUACCUUCACCUCCGGCUAUAUGCGGAAUGCAUUGAGAAUGGUCCGCCGACUGCGAUAGCAUUGCCCCUUUCAGAUCAAGCUACGACAGCGACGGUUCCAAAGCCAGCUACAUGGACGAGCCUCUGGAAUGCAAUAAAUGCCGCCCUACGCAAGUACUUCGUAGAAACAAAGUGGGAUAUUGGAUACGAGGAAUUCUACUAUCAUCUCCGUACACUUCGCACCCCGAGUGAGUUGCUUGCCGAGGAUCGACGGCUCGCCGGAGAGUGCCUCGACGUCAUGCAAUCGGUCGAGCGCAGCAGCGAUACUUCAAGCCCCGACGCAUCCGCGCGCGAGCCAGCCUUCCCAGAUGAGCUCAUCACCGCACUCGGCUUCCUCAUUCUUCCACAGGACGUCUCGAAGUAUCCGAGGCUCGUGAAGCUCCAGGAGCAUGAGCGUCCUGGAUCGCCACGACCAGUAACCGGACCCACCUCUGGUUCUGCGAAUACGCCAUCGACAAGGGAUGCCAUCGAGUCCUCGCCGUCUUCGCGACCGGCGAUCCAGUCACCCCAGGUCGUACCAUUGCGGGAGAAACCAUCUUCGAUGAAGUCGAAUGGGAGGUCUCGUCACAUUGACCGAGACGCGAAGGAGUCACAGGUGGGCGUGGGCGGCACACGACGGCGCGCAAGCACGGUGGAAGGGCCGACGAACGAAGGGCCGCACGCCGGUCGUCGUGAUACUGCCACAAGGAGAAAAGUGCGCUUUGUUGUGCCUGAUGAAGGUACGAGCGAAGAAGACGAUACGGGCGAGAGAGACUAGGGUGCGGGCGAAAAUGAUGGUGCAAACGAAGAGGACGACGUGAGCACAGAGGAGGAUGUGAAUGACGAUGCAGACGGAAGGCAGUGCGCAGGUUGACGAAGGAGAUUUCGAUGUGGAAGAUAGCCCCGGUCAGCUCAUGGAGCCGAGAAGGCCCGCGCAGCACGAAACGAACUGCUUGAUCUACCAGACCGUUCAACAUGGAACUCGAAGCCAGGCAAAGCAGCAUACCUGCUCGCUCCUUGCAUGCAUCAUUCAGCUUCAAGGGCGGUUGCUGUUCCGUUGGAGGGCGGGGAUGUUUCGCGCGUUUCGCGAGCGGUGAAACUGAUUCGUGUCGAAACGGAGUUCACAUGCAGAGCAAACCGCGUAGAGCUUGCACAUUGGUACAGUUAUAACAUAUUCCAAACAUAGCCGAAUGUUAGGUGUGUGAAUACUGCUACUUCAUCAGUGGUUUCAAAGAGUACACACUGCAAGUUCCCAGCCUAACUUCCAACCAGUUCUCCGUAAACUACUCUGUACUACACUCUUCUCAUGGAAUGCCAGGACGUCGGGCAUCCUGAAACAAAUUCGGUAGCAUGUGGAUAUCCACAGGCGUAGUUCGAUGGUUGGGACAUGCUACAGCGUGCAUCUAUGAUGGCCAGAACUUGU